AUGGAUCGCAGGACCACCGACAGCGAAUGGCCGAUUGGGUAUCCCUUCGUCGCCUCGCGCGACUUCACGCUGCCCGCACCAAUUCCAAAUGUGAUCGCUAUGCGAAGCGGUGACCACGGCAAGGUGACUUCGAAGGCGAACACCAACGGCAACAUCUGCGUGCAGUACCCACAAGACGUUUCGGGCAACCCUGGCCGCGAAGGAUGGGUGCCCAGGGAUGACAUUCGCAUCGGCACCUCAGCAAGGAUCGGAGAACCUAUCCUUAUCCAAAUUGACCAGAAUGCUUCGGCAGGCCGAUCCGGCAAGACGGUGUGCGGCCUCUUGUCUGCGUGGUACGAAGGGCGCGGAGACCUCCCCACCGAGCCGGAGGUCAUCACAGAUUUGCUUAAGUCGGAGUCAGACAUUCGUCAACAAACGAACAAAAUAGUGGUUGGCGUAGGUAAGGUGUCAAGUGGGCUUCAGCAGUGCCUGGAUCGGCAAGACUUCACCCUGUGGCAGCUGAAGGGGUCUGCGCCAGAUGGCGAGCAUGAUCAGCAUGUUGGCAUCUACGUCAUCGUCCACUGGGACUUCAUCGGCCAGCCUGAGCGAGAGCCUGAGCCGUAUGCUGGGAGCACUGCUCGCAGCUUCGAGAGCAGAUACGGGGAGCACGUGGAUGCCAGCAAAGACCCCGAGAAGAAGGGUGUCCAUUACAAUGCCGCGCGACUGGCACGGAAGCACUGCAUCUUCCCAAUAUCCUACCUCAACGUUGACGAUGCCGAGAGCCCGGAAGUCAAGCUUGCAGAGCAAGUAUUCAUGAGCCUGCUUCAAACCACUUGCAAGGAGGUGCUCAACUUCAAAGCGGACGGCUUCACAGGAGAGACGGAGGAGCAGGACAACAAGAUUGGAGCUCCCGAUUCAGUCUCAAGGGUCUCGAAGUACUAUGUGCAAAAGGCAGAUGCCGUCGUCUUGCGCAAAUUGGCCGAUCAGGUCUUCGAGCGCACAGGUUGGCCAGGAGGAUGCGACAGGAGCACGGGCAAGAAGGCCUUUGGAUCAAGUGCGGGUCUAAACUGGACGAGCCCUCUGACCGGAUUACGAAAAGCGCGGACUAUCUGGACGAAAACCAGCAUCCCUGGACAAUUUGCAAACUUCCGUCGGACUGAUCUUGUGACGCGCGUUGCUACAGGUGGAGCCGGCGUCCCCAGUCUCCAGGUGUACCUGAAGCACCAUACGCCCACCAAUACAGCAUGGAUUGCCCUGCUUCGACGCGAUAAGCCAUGGCCUCCAGAAAAUUCAAAGAUCCACGUCGUCCUCGAGCUUCGCCUGGACGGUAAGCCUCAUACUGCUGGUCUCGCGCGGGCUCCAGGUGUCGGUGCUCUAUCGGAUUGGGCCAACGCUAACCAACUGGGCAUGCGUAUCGAGUGGCAGAGGGAUGACGGUGUCUGGGUACAGCGGCAAUUCCAGCUCAGGGACGACAAUGAGAAGCUAGCUUAUGCACCAAACGGUAUGACACAGAACUACAACAUCGCGAACGGCUUGAGAGGCUACGUCCUCCAGGAGCAGAGAACACUUUCCACGGAACAGCAAGAAUGGAUCUGGGACUUCGGGAUUGCCAGGGUGAAGGAGGUCUACCUCGACCAUCUCGACCAGACGAUUCGUGUCCGCGAUCUUCCGGGGUCCCGUGUCGUGCCAGGGCCUACUUUCAAGACGAUGCAACAGAUCGGGCAAGAGCUCGUCGAUCUCGGGGCUGGAAGAUAUGCUAGACCCUCAGAUACUCAGUACCCCAUCUUUCCAGACGGUCAGCAACGUAGCGCAGGACGUUCUCGUAAGAGCUGUAACGCUUGCUACGCGAACACGGUUCUGGGCAGGUCAAACACCAUGUGUGUGGAAGUCCCAGGGCAGAAUACAUGUGAGAGAUGUCAACGCUACGGCCGACCAUGCACAUUUGCACACACCCGCGAUCUCGAGAACAACCCAGCUUUGCUCCGUGCUCUCACCAACCCCAAUGAGGUUCCGUUCACGAUCACCAGUGUUGAUGGGAACGACAAGAUGGAGCGGUUUAGAGCUUGA